AGGCGUCUCGGCUCCAGCAGCAGCAGCGGCCUGAACUUGAGCCUGCGGGGAUGCCGGCACUGCCGCGAGAGGUUCGCGCGGCACCUGGCCGAGGCCCGGGCGGCCGCCGCCCCGCGGCCGCGCGGGGGCUGCGGCUGGCGGCGGCCCUCGCGGCGGCGGCCCUCUGCCUGGCGGGCCGGGGCGCCCGGGCGGCCUGGAGCCUCGGCCCCGCCGCGGCCGGCAGGCGCCAGGUCGCCGGAGCUGCCGCGGCGGGGCUCCUCACAGCGGUGGGGACCAGCGGCGCCGCCCUGGCGGCAUCGCCGCCCGCCGACUGGGCGCCGUCCGCGGCCACGCUGCAGACGCAGCGUGACAAGCUGGUCGGCCUGCCGGGCAAGCUGAGGGAGGAGAAGUGGGACGACGUUAGGACGACUCUGAAGUCGUUGCCUGUGGGGCUGCUGUGGAACCUUGGUGACAAGAAGAACACGGUGCGGAUUCUGGGCCUGGAGGCAGGCGACGACGAGCUGAUGGAGUUGUCGGAGGAAAUAUCGAGCUCGCUGCAGCUAGCUGACCAGUUCACGUACGACAACGCGUUCGUGAAGUUCCAGCCGGGCAACGGAAAGGUCCGUCUCGAUGAGCCAAUAGAAAUGAUCGAGACUGCGAUGAAGAAGUUGGACAAGGCCAUUAAGUUGACAAGCGAGGCGAGGUGAGCCCUCGCCAGGGUCAGAUGCACGACAAUUUGACGGUCGAGGGGCAGAGAAGGUUCGGCAUUUUCCAGUGCCGCGCAUCUUGCACGUAUCUUGUAGAGGAAGACCGCGAAGUUAUCCAUCUUGUUUCUUUGUGAUCGCAAUGACCUUUGCCCGUCAUUUCUUCCUAUCGUCCCAAGCUGCUUGUUUAGAUUGUUCUCCGGAUUGUUUCCCAUCAUGCCGGCAGUGUGGUGCACAGCGCAAUGGGCGCACAUUUUCAUUCACAGCGAUCUGUUCACACAGACUUGAUUCGGCUGUCUGUUACAUUCCAAAGCGCAGGGGAAGACAGUGCCGUCACCUUCCUCCGUCUCCUCAUCAAGGAUUCUUCGCUGCCCAGGGGUUCGAGGUCAUUCGAUGUUUGCUUGCGUGGACUCCAAACGGUGAGCUUCUAACGAACUAUGAUCACCAGUCUAUGUUGAGCAUUCGAUGUGGUACGGUCUAUGUUCUGC